GCACGCUGUUGGCGUGCGACCAAGAAGACAAGGCCCUCCUUUAGCUUCUCAUGGGUCAGUGCGCUGUUGCGAUCACUCAAGUCAGAACCUGAAUGACUUGAUGGAGUCGACAUUUCUGUAAACGAUAAUGACCUCUGCUGACCCUUCCGUUUUAGGAGUGCCGACAACUUCCAGGAACGAUACACCAUCCGGCGACAGGUAGGAUGAGACGCUGCCGCUGGGUCAUCCAAAAGGACUUCAUGUAAGUUAAAGGGUCAGGGGGGAUUAAAUGGUGGUGAUCACUGAGGAACAACUUGACAAUGCAAAACCACUAGCAAAUGGAGUUAUCACACGAAUGCAAGAGGACGAAAAAGAGUUGUGCAGCGGUGAAGAGAAGCCAGAGAUCACCGGGCUAGAGGAGGGCGACGGCGAGUCAGACGGCGAGUCCCAAUACAGCAGGAAUUACUGGGAAGAUGAGGACGACGUCUACCAGGAAUUUGAGGAGCUGGACUUCGAGUCACUGCCGGAUCGCUCGGACGAGAGGAGCAUCGCCUCGGAUGACUCCUUCUACCCGCUGGACAAUGCCGUCAGGACUCAUAUGUUUCGCACGCCCAGCCCGGAGGUCCCGGAGCCCAUCUCCUUCUUCAAAGCGUGCUGCAACAACAACGCCAUCAUCGUCAAGAUCAUGAUCCGACAAGGUGUGACGGAGGAGGAAGUGAUGGAAACCGACAGGAACAGAAGAUCAGGUUUGAUAGUGGCCUGUUACCAUGGGUACGUGGACGUCGUCAUUGCGCUCGCUCAGUGUCCACAUCUGGAUGUGAACUGGCAGGACAAUGAGGGGAACACAGCUCUGAUCACGGCAGCACAAGCAGGACAUGUUACUAUCUCCAACUACCUCCUGAACUACUAUCCAGGACUGGACAUCGAGCGGAGGAACUGUCAUGGCUUCACGGCGCUGAUGAAGGCAGCCAUGCAGGGCCGAGCUGACUGUGUCCGAUCUCUCAUGCUGGCUGGAGGUGACAUCCAGGCGAAGGACUGUGGUCGCAGACUGACCCCCAGGGAGUGGGCUCUCUUCACAGGUCGCUACGAAACCGCAAAACUGAUGCUUCGACUCAUGUCCAACCCAUGUGCAGAGCAAUUCUGUGACUCCUUCCUGCUGGAAUGGCCGCCAUUGGAGACUCUGGUGGCUCAGGCUCAAGAACCAAAGUCCUGUUGGCGGCGCCUCUUCAACCUUCUGUCAUGCUGCCCAUACAGGUUCUACAUCAACAACAAGGUGAACCCCGUGGAAGAGGGCGUCCUCGAUCACGUGGUCAAGAUCACCUCUGGUCUCCGAAGUCCCUUCAUUGCCACUGCCUGUCGAACCGUGUGCCCAGGUAGCCCGCCCUCUGUGGGAAAGCGACGCCAUGCUGUGCAGGAGAUUUUGAGAAGGCAACGAUUGGCUGAACUGAAGCGCCUUGGCCCGGAACGACUGAACAAUUACAAAAGAUUGUUCCAAAACUCUCGGGUUCUGCUCAUCCCGAAGGCCAAGGACCGUAGGGCGAGCUUGCAGCCACAGCUGCUGACUGAGAUGGCAGCAGUGUCCUCGGUGGUGAUGAGGCGAGCAAGUCUGCUGCCUCUGAGCAUGCUCAGGAGGAGCAGCGUGCGGCCCAACAUUGUGGUGCCAAAGGUCAGACUCUGCAAAGCUCCUUCACCUACUUUCAUCCCGGAGAAACUGAAACAGAGCAAGAACUACAACCAGCUCCAAAUCCCAAACUGGGAUUUCAAAAUGAAAAAAAUAGAGAGGAGGAAGGAGGAAGAAGAGCGACAGAGACUGCUGCCCCUCAUGAGAAGAAGGUGAUGCUGUUGCUUCAUGAAACUUUCCAAGUUCCAGUUCAUGCAUUUUUAUCUGCUUAGAGUGGUUAUGAUCUCAAGAAUACCAGAGGACAAAGUGCAAAGGACUGGUAACGUUCACUGUCGAUUCCUGGAGGCUUAAUGUCAUUCUGAAAAUAAAGGCUUGUC